AUGCUCGUCUUCGGCUCUACUCUUUUACUUCUCCUUGGAGCGUUCUACCAAUGCCAAGGAAGAACUGUCCCCAAUCCGGAUUUCCCGCCUGAAUGCAGAGUGGGAGAAGCAAACCUCUAUGAUCCUUCUCAGUCUAUGGAGGUACAAUGGUUCAACGUUGACCUAGAUGCUCCUGCUAAGGAACGAUUCAAACAUGUUGUUCGACCAUACAAGGAUCAAAUCCAGGCUGUAUUCGAUGUUUUGGGAAAUUUCUUCCAAAUAAUUCCUGGAAUCCCAAUAUGGGAUAUGCUAGGAGAUCUAAUGUUGAAGGUUUUCGAAGAAGGAAUGAUUAUGGAGCCGUAUAAGGAUGAAGUGCAGGGGAUCGCCGAUGAGCUCGGAUGUAACCUUGGUCAACUUGCAUUCCUUAAUAUUUUCUAUGAAUUAUCACGUUUUUGUACAUCCAUAGUAGCACAACCGCCUGGAAAUAAGGAUAUGUGGCAUGCAAGAAAUCUUGACUUUGGACAACUUUUCGUUUGGAACAUUGGUGCACAGUCAUGGGAUCUAUCUGAUUCUCUCAAAAAAGUCACAGUAAAUUUGAAUUUCAUCCGUAAUGGCACUAUAUUAUUCAAGGGAACAACAUUGGCUGGUCAUGUUGGUAUUCUUACAGGAAUGAAACCAAAUGGUUUCUCGCUUUCAAUGAAUGCUAAGGUAGAACCAGAUAUAAGAAAUGUCAUCGCAUGGAUGAACGGUGAACGACCGGAUAUACAAUUUGCUAUGUACUUCGAUAGAAAAAUUUUUGAGGAAGCAAACAGUUUUGAUGAAGCGAGGCAAUUUAUCUACGAUGUACCUUUGCUGUCUGGGGCAUAUUUCAUUCUUGGAGGGAACAAGCCAGGUGAGGGAUCCGUAAUUGUUCGUAACACAACCGACGUACAAUUUGAACGCAAACUUUUUGAUGGUGAUAACGACUGGUUCCUACUUCAGACAAACUAUGAUCCAGACAAGGAACCGCUCUAUAUUGACGAUCGCCGUGAUCCAGGAAAUGCUUGCAUGAAACAACUAGGUCAAAAUAGGACAGACGCUGAAGGACUUUAUAAAGUGCUAAAAUCAAAACCUCUUCUAAACAAGACAACGGUGCAUACUGUAAUAAUGUCCGUAACUAAGGACGUUUAUCAGACCUUCAUUCAACAAUGUCCUAACCCAUGUUGGGCAUUUUGA